UAAGUCAAAGUGCUUCUCAUCCCACAAACAAAGAAAAAUGAAGUGCUUGAGCAACCUUAUCAUCAUAUUUUCUUUGGCUAUAUUAUGCCUUGGAAUCGUUUAUGCAGACGAAAGAGCUGAUCACACAUGUGGUCCUAGUCUGGGCAAUCCUCCAUGUAAUGAAGGAAGGUGUUGCAGUAUCCAUAACUAUUGCGGUGGCGGAUCUGGUUACUGCAGCGGCGGAAACUGCCGAUACAUGUGUUGGUUUGCUGCACUAACUGGUGGUCUCCCUCGUCAUAAUGCUGUAACCAAAAUUAUCAGCAAAUCACUUUACAGCAAAAUGUUUAAGCAUAGAAUUGAUUGCCAAAGCCAGGGAUUCUAUAGUUACGAGGCUUUCAUCACAGCUACUGAAUCCUUUCCUGGUUUUGCUACUACUGGAGAUGUUUCAACUCGUAAGAGGGAGCUCUCUGCUUUCUUUGGUCAAACAUCUCAAGUAACAACUGGUUACGAUUCUAGUGAUCCACAUGCAUGGGGAUAUUGUAAUAUCAAUGCGACUGCUCACACUACGACUGGCAAAGAUUACUGCACCUCCUCUCAGUGGCCUUGUGCUGCAGGCAAAAAGUAUAUUAGCAGAGGACCUAUCCAACUAACUCACAACUACAACUACGGGCUUGCUGGUAAGGCUCUUGGGGUAGAUUUGAUAAACAAUCCUGAUUUGGUGGCCACAGACCCAGUAGUUUCAUUCAAGACAGCCUUGUGGUUUUGGAUGACUAAGCAUGACAGUAAGCCUUCCUGCCAUGAUAUUUUGAUCAAUGCUAAUAGUCAAGUCUCAAGCUACCUCGUGAUUGACAAUAUAAUCAAUGGCAAGUCUCAAGUGGACCAAAGUGGACUCGAAAAAAAUAGUAGAGUUUCUACUAGUGUUGGGUACUAUAAGAGGUACUGUGACAUGUUAAAAGUGAGUUAUGGAAAGCUAAUAUAAGGCAAAAGCACCAUAACGUACAAUAGUAGCUCAAGAAAAAUAAAUGGUGUAGUUGCCAUUUCUAGUUCUCCCUUUCAUCUAUGAGAAACCCAAUAUGUAAUCAUGUAAUAUUAUGUACCAGUGGUCAUCAUGUAUUUGUGUCAUCAUGUAUUUGUGUCAAAGUGGUCAUCAUGUAUUUGUGUUAAAGUGGUCAUCAUGUACCAGUGGACCAUUGGACCGGCGGCCAACUUUAGACAGUUAUUUCUGUGUGUAUCCAUGUGAUGAAAUAAAUGAGCUACAGAAACUUUUGUGUAUUAUA